AUUUCAGAGCACAAAGUAAUCAUUGUUGGCCUGGAUAAUGCAGGAAAAACGACCAUUCUUUAUCAAUUCUCCAUGAACGAAGUGGUGCAUACCUCACCCACCAUAGGGAGUAACGUGGAAGAGAUCGUGGUUAACAACACGCGCUUCCUGAUGUGGGAUAUCGGAGGGCAGGAGUCUCUUCGGUCCUCGUGGAACACCUACUAUACAAACACGGAGUUUGUGAUAGUUGUUGUGGACAGCACAGACAGAGAGAGAAUUUCUGUGACUAAAGAAGAACUGUAUAAAAUGUUAGCACAUGAGGACUUAAAAAAAGCAGGUUUGCUGAUCUUUGCUAACAAGCAAGAUGUUAAAGAGUGUAUGACUGUAGCUGAAAUAUCUCAGUUUCUGAAACUGACUUCCAUUAAGGAUCACCAGUGGCACAUUCAGGCAUGCUGUGCUCUAACUGGAGAGGGACUGUGCCAAGGACUCGAAUGGAUGAUGUCAAGACUUAAGAUCAGAUGAUUUUUAAUGACCUCUUUGCACAGACAUUGUUUAAAAAGAGCUGUACCCAUGAUUACCUUCACAGUGGCAGAAUUAAUGGGUUAGAUGUAUUUAUACGGAACUGAUCUCAACUUUGUUUUCUACGUAGAUGCACACACACAUACGUGUAUAUAAAUUAAGACCAUUCAGCAAAAAGAAAGAUGCAGUGGAUGGCUCCAGUUUGGUUUCCAGUUUGUUUUCCUCCGAGGAUGCGUUUAAAAGCUGUGAUCAACCUUCUUUUCAAGAUACAGCCACUCGGAACAGCCGAAUGUUGAGCGUGGUGAAGAUGAAGUGAGAGGAAGGAGCUUUUACUUUUGGGUUUUAUUAUUCCAUUGUAGUCCUCUCUACUCGAAGGUGUUGGCUUCAUUAUUCCAGUAAAUUAGCCAGCGAAUCAAGGCAUAGAUAUCAACUUUCCAGUAUUUUUAAGGUUACCGAUGUUACAAAUGCAAAAAUAUUUUCCUGUAUGUGUACUGUACAUAUUUGUGUAUAUUUAUACCUCAAUUUUAGGUUAAUUGCAAUCUGUUCAGACUAGUGUGUAAAGCUGAAUCGGUAUGUUGACAGUAGUACUAAUAUUUGACCUCGCCAUCACGUCUCAACUUCUUUUCCUUUGUUAUCUGUAUGGCUGUAACAUCCAUCAGA